UGGCUUUGUGUGCAUCACGGAUCCAGCACAGUUACAGAGAGAGGGACCGGAACCAUGGCCGUGGAAUAUUUACCUGCCAAAUGAGGUUUUAGGGGACCAAGGACAAAAGGACAGUAGAACUGUAAAUCCGUCUUCUCUUCUCAAGAAGUGCUGUGAUGAGAGAACUCUGAAGUGCGCUCAGCCAAACCCCUCUCACAGAGCAUGCCUCUGAGUCCGGCAGCCAGCAAACAUGAGCCAUCCGACCAGCAGCGGCAGGAGGAGGUGCAGCGGCAGUGCGCUACCAACGGCAACCAGGGGGACUCGGACAGCUCCAGAGAAGACGCCGUCUACGACACGAUCCGGGGUGCCGCUGACAAGCCCCCCGCCGGACCCAUGGAGGAGCCCCGGGGCAAUGCCGUCGUCAUCCGCAUAGGGAUCCCGGACCUGCAGCAGACCAAAUGCAUGAAGUUCAACAUAGAUGCCCCCAUCUGGUCCUCCAAGCAGCGCAUCUUAUGUACUCUGAAUCAGAGCCUGAAGGAUGUGUUGAACUAUGGCCUCUUCCAGCCCGCCUACAAUGGAAAAGCCGGGAAGUUUUUGGACGAGGAGCGACUGCUAAAGGACUACCCCCUUCCUGCCAUUGCCCCUGUCCCAUACCUAGAGUUCCGUUACAAGAGACGUGUGUACACGCAGGCUUAUGUGGAAGACAAGCAGCUGGCCAAGCUCCACACCAAGGCUAACCUGAAGAAGUUUAUGGAGUAUGUCCAACAGAGGAACAUUGAAAAAGUCAUAAAGUUCCUGGAGAAGGGCCUCGAUCCCAACUUUCAUGAUCCGGAGACAGGAGAGUGCCCGCUGACCAUGGCUGCACAGAUGGAGGGCUGCGCCGAGCUGAUCAAGGUGCUGAAGAGCGGCGGCGCUCACCUGGACUUCAGAACCAGGGACGGGAUAACAGCCCUGCACAAGGCGGUGCGGACCAAGAACCACACUGCCCUCAUCACGCUGUUAGACCUGGGCGCAUCCCCUGACUACAAGGACAGCCGGGGGCUGAGCCCGCUGUACCACAGCUCCAUGGUGGGCGGGGACCCCUACUGCUGUGAGCUGCUGCUGCACGACCACGCCCAGGUGGGCUGCAUGGACGAGAACGGCUGGCAGGAGAUCCACCAGGCCUGUCGCCACGGACACGUGCAGCACCUGGAGCACCUCCUGUUCUACGGAGCGGACAUGAGCGCGCAGAACGCCUCGGGGAACACCGCGCUGCACGUCUGCGCCCUCUACAACCAGGAUAGCUGCGCCAGGGUUCUGUUGUUUCGAGGGGCGAAUAAGGAGAUCAAGAACUACAACAGCCAAACUGCAUUCCAGGUGGCAAUUAUAGCUGGGAAUUUUGAUCUGGCUGAAAUCAUAAAGAUUCACAAAGCAUCAGAUGUUGUGCCUUUCAGGGAGACCCCCACCUACACCAACCGGCGGCGGGUGACGGGCGCGGGGACGCUGACGUCGCCCCGCUCCCUGCUGCGCUCGGCCAGCGACAACAACCUCAACGCGGACGGGCGGGCGCCCUCGCACUCGCCCGUGCCGUCGCUGCGCAGCCUGCCCCCGCUGGCGGGCGGGCCGGGCGGCGAGGCGGCCGACAGCAGCCUGCAGAGCACCGGCAGCUCCCGCAGCUCGCACUCGCGCUCGCCCUCGCUGCACCGCGUCCAGGAGGAGGCCGACAAGCUCAGCCUGAGGAGGCACGCCCGCGGCAGGCUCAGUCCCAGCACGGUCCAGCGGGAGCCCAGCCCCCCUCCCCAGCCGCCGACCCUCAUCGGCCCCCGGGGGCCCAAGAGGAAACUGUACAGCGCGGUACCCGGGCGCACCUUCAUCGUGGUCAAGCCCUACACGCCCCAGGGGGAGGGCGAGAUCCAGCUGAACCGAGGGGAGCGAGUGAAAGUCCUGAGCAUCGGCGAGGGGGGAUUCUGGGAAGGCUCGGUGAAGGGGAGGACAGGAUGGUUCCCUGCAGACUGCGUGGAGGAGGUUCAGAUGAGGCAGUAUGACCCGCGACUCGAGACGAGAGAGGACCGGACAAAGAGGCUGUUCAGGCACUACACAGUGGGCUCCUACGACAACUUCACCUCAUACAGCGAUUACAUCAUCGAGGAGAAGAACGCCGUCCUGCAGAAGAAGGAGAAUGAGGGGUUCGGGUUCGUGCUGCGAGGAGCGAAAGCGGAGACGCCCAUCGAGGAGUUCACUCCCACGCCGGCCUUCCCCGCGCUGCAGUACCUGGAGUCGGUGGACGUGGAGGGCGUGGCCUGGAGGGCGGGGCUCCGGACGGGAGACUUCCUCAUCGAGGUGAACGGAGUCAACGUGGUGAAGGUGGGGCACAAGCAGGUGGUCUCGCUCAUUCGGCAAGGGGGCAACCAUCUCCUGAUGAAGGUGGUCUCCGUCACCCGCAAGCCCGAGUCGGAGGAAGUGGUCCGGAAGAAAGCUCCCCCGCCCCCCAAGAGGGCCCCCAGCACCACCCUGACACUGCGCUCCAAGUCCAUGACGGCCGAGCUGGAGGAGCUGGCCUCCGCAAGAAGGAGAAGAGGGGAAAGACUGGACGAGAUGCUGGCCUCCCAGGAGCCCGUGCUGCGGGCGCAGGUGGCGGAGGCCGACUACAGAGCCGCCACGGUGAAGCAGCGCCCCACAAGCAGGAGAAUCACACAAGCCGAGAUCAGCUCACUGUUCGAGCGUCAGGGAAUGGUUGCACAUGGUGGACUGGCCCCUAGCUUGGAGAAGGCUCAUAUACAGCUGCCAAAAGGAAUGUCCAGGACCAAGUCUUUUGGGGCAACAGAAGAGGACAGGUUAUCGGCUUUGGUGGGAGAAGCAAGGUUUCCAAGGAGUUCGUCGAUGACAGACAGCCUCAGAGACAGUCACAGCAUCCCUCCCCCUCCCCAAACCGCACCUCCUCCGCCCCCAUCCCCUUACUACCAGGACACGGGUCUGCCCCCGGCUUUCUGCCCCCCGCCCCCUCCGGGGCGGGCCCACGAUCAGAGCCGCUCCAGCUUUAAGCCCGGUGUCGAGGCCAAGGUGCACGGUCUGACGCAGGUGGUGGGCGGGGCGGAAAUGUACGAGCCGCCUCGGCCCUCGGCCCAUGCCGAGCGGCAGAAGAAGGCCCGCUCCAUGAUCAUCCUCCAGGACUCCUCCCACCUGCCCGUGGAGCCCACCGACAUCCCGCGGCUCGGGCCCUCCUCCACGCCCCCGGAGAAGAUCAAGCGGAAAGGCAGGGUCAUCGACAACCCCUACGCCAACGUGGGCCAGUUCAGCAUCGGCCUCUACACCCCCACCAAGCCCCAGCGCAAGAAGAGCCCGCUGGUGAAGCAGCUGCAGGUGGAGGAUGCGCAGGAGAGGGCGUCGCUGGCCCUGGCCUCGGCCCACGCCAGGGAGCACUCCCCGACGGGCCGCAUCCCCCACACGAGCCGGGCCGAGUACUACCAGCAGCAGCUUCUGCAGGACCGUGCCCGGGCGCAGGCGGAGGAGGGGAAAGGCCCCGUCACCACCACCAUCCUGGGGGCCGUGAGGGACCGGGAGAGGCGGCUGCAGGAGAGGAGGAAAUCCACAGUCUUCCUGUCGGUGGGCACCAUGGAGGGCAGUGCCACCGCCCCCGAGAUGCCCUCCCUGACGCAGUCCCGCUCCAUCGACGAGCGGCUGCUCAGUAGGGAGCUGGGCCAGCUGCCGCCCCCCGCCCCCGCGCUCCGCCCCUCCCUGGGCGGGACCACCUUCAUCCACCCCCUGACCGGGAAGCCCCUGGACCCCAACUCGCCGUUGGCACUUGCGCUGGCCGCAAGGGAGCGAGCGCUGACGUCCCAGAGCCAGUCGCCCGCUGGCAGCCCGGAGUCCAGGACUAAGCACGAGUCGCCAGGGCCUUUGUUCGUGGACACCCAGACCAAAGAGGCGGAGCGAUCGGAGGCGGAGGGCGAACUGAUGACUCCGGCCUAUUCCCCGGGAGCUAAGGGAAGCUACGGACCCGCCACAGGUGUGUCGGCGGCGUCCCCCAAGAGCCAGUGGGGGAGCCCGACGGCCCUUCACAAAGACAUGGAGACCAGGAUGGAAAAGAAGGAGGAGAGGAAGCAGGAGGACAAGAAGAGCAUGAUCAUCAGCAUCAUGGACACUUCUCAGCAGAAGACCGCUGGCCUUAUCAUGGUCCAUGCGACGAGCAACGGGCAAGCAGUGGAGCUGGGUCUGGAGGAGCCCUCCGUGUCACCCGCGGGGACGCCGACCGAACCCGCCAAGCCCACCCUGGCCGAGAUUAAGCGCGGCCAGUCGCCCAGCCCCGAGGCCACGGCCGGCCCGCCACAGGCUGGCCCAGCGGGCGAGAAGACGCUGGCCCAGGGCAGCUCGGAGGAGGACGUGGAGCCCUACACGGUCACCCUCCCGCCCGCCCUGCUGUCCUCCAGCGACGAGGAGACGCGGGAGGAGCUCCGAAAGAUCGGGGUGGUGCCGCCGCCGGAUGAGUUCGCCAACGGCCUGCUGGUGACGUCGGCGGGUGUGCCCGUCCCCCAGCUGGCUAAACUGGCCGCGCCUUCCGCCUCAACCCAAGCAGCAGCAGCAGCAGCAGCAGCAGCACACCCUCCGGCUAGUGGAACACCCUCAGGGAAGCCUUCAGACACCCACCUGGUGCCCGAGUCUGCAGCCGACUCAGGGGUGGAGGAGGUCGACGUCCGCAGCUCCAGUGACCACCACCUGGAGACCACGAGCACCAUCUCCACCGUCUCCAGCAUGUCCACCCUGUCGUCGGAGAGCGGCGAGCCCAUGGACACCUACAGCUCCUACGCCGAUGGGCAGACUUUUAUACUCGACAAGCCGCCAGUGCCUCCAAAGCCAAAACUCAAGUCCCAGCUCAGCAAGGGGCCGGUGACCUUCAGGGACCCUCUAUUGAAGCAGUCCUCGGAUAGCGAGCUCCUCUCCCAGCAACACGCGGCUGCGCUGGCCGCCGCCGCCGGCGCCGGCCGACCCCGCUACCUCUUCCAGAGAAGGUCCAAGCUUUGGGGGGACCCCGUGGAGACGCGGCCGCCGCCGGGGCCCGAGGACGGCAAGCCCACUGUGAUCGGGGAGCUGAGCUCCAGGCUCCAACAGCUCAACAAGGACACACGCUCCCUGGGGGAGGAGCCCAUCGGAGCCUCGCUCGACCCCGGGAGGAAGUCUCCUGUGGCAGGAGCAAGACUUUUCAGCAGCUUAGGAGAGCUCCACACCAUUUCCCAGAGAAGCUACGGCACCACGUACACCAUCCGGCCGGGCAGCCGGUACCCCGUGACCCGCCGGACGCCCAGCCCGGGCAAAGGCUCCCCCGACAGGACGGACCCGCUGGGGCCCAUCCGCGGCUACGGCCUGGCCACCUCCCCCACGGCGCCGCCCACCAUCCUCAAGUCGUCCAGCCUGAGCAUCCCGCACGAGCCCAAGGAGGUGCGCUUCGUCAUGCGCAGCGCCAGCGCCCGGAGCCGCUCGCCCUCGCCGUCGCCCUCGCCCAGCCUGGGCUCGCCGCUGCUCACGCUGCGGCCCUUCCACCAGAAGCCCCUGCACAUGUGGAACAAGUACGACGUGGGCGACUGGCUGGAGAGCAUCAACCUGGGCGAGCACCGCGACCGCUUCCAGGACCACGAGAUCGAGGGUUCCCACCUGCCGGCGCUCACCAAGGACGACUUCGCCGAGCUGGGGGUGACGCGCGUGGGCCACCGCAUGAACAUCGAGCGCGCUCUCAAACAACUGCUGGAGAGUUGACCCCAACCCUCACCCCCCAGCCCCUGACAGCCCUGACCCCCUCUUUAGUACCACCCCCCCCCACAUUUUCCUUCCUUUUGAUCUUUCACAUUGAAUUACCAUAUUUUUACUCUCCGUACUGCAUUGCACUGAAUGGAAGAGAGAAGAAUAAGCCAUUUGCAUUUUCACUGGCCCCGCCCCCGACCCCACCCUUUCACUCAGCCAGCAGCCAGUCAUCCAGCCCAUCUUCUCAGAGUGACAUCACCCCUCUACAAAUGUUGCAUGAGUCCACCAAGCUCCCAUUUGGUAAUGUUAGGUGUUGCAACCCCCCUUCCUGAACACCCCAACCCCAAAAUCUCAUCGUUCUCCAAAUGGUUUUCAGUUUGAAUAGAAGGGAAGAAUCGCGCUUGACAAAAAAGGAAAGCUCUGUUGCCUUUCAAAAUAUUUUUCAAGGAUCAAAAAUGACGAACUCAACAAAAAGAGACCAUUUUCCUCAGUGAGGAAUUUUGGAAGCCUCACACAAUGGGAUUUUUUGAAUAGAGCGUUUUAUGCUGACUCCUUGGGGGGUAAGACCAGAGCGCUGCAUUGAGACACACUUUGUCACUCUAAGAUCUUUUUAUUGACUGUGGCAUCGGCUACGUUAGAAGAAUGUUUAACCAACAUAAGUGGCUUUUUUCAUAAUCACUUUUUCAGUUUGGGAAGACUUGUUUUCCAAAGGGAAUAUUCCAUAGAUAUAAUAUACAUAUUUAGAGAACAGCUCUACAUAAAAAGAAAUAAAUUCAAUAAAGUCAAUAAG